GACCACGCUCCUACAUCAAUACCCAUAGCCACGACCAACAAAAGCCAACCUCACCAAUCCGAAAAACACAAUCUGCCAGAAUGCUCGCUAUCCCAACCUCCUCCACCACCAAAUCCAAAACCCUCCAACCCAACAUCCUCCCCUGCCAAAUCCACCACUCCGGCCCCAUCUCCAUCGCGGAAAGAUACUGGAACCCACAACCGAACAACAACACAACAGCGACCUCCCCUCCCACUCAACAAUCACAACCACCAGCCUCCAAUGAAGUAACACAACACUUCCGCGGCCGCAAACUCCUCGGCAAAACCAUCAACCUCCCAUCAUCCUACACCGGAAUCGUAGCGCAAAAGACGAAUCGCCAGAUUCAAAUACCCCACCAAACCUCCUCAACCCACAUUUUCACCCACGACGCAGAAAACGACGAGGAAGAUGAGGAGCAAAGCCUACCCACAGAAACAUUCAUCCUCGAACAACAAGCAGAAUUCAACACAAUCACAACAUGGGAUCACGAAAAAGUACCGUCUUCCGAAGAGGACGUGUAUAUAAAAGGGAUUGAAGAAUGGAUAGGGUUUGCAGAGAGUAUACAUGCAUACGAUACCCCGAAGACAGCAGCAGAGUCGUGAAAAGCGGAAGAUCAUGAGUGACAGAGCCAUUAAUUCUCGCGUUGUCUAACCACGAGCCGCGCAGCUGCCACGAUGGUAGGAGACGCGUCAGUGAAGGACA